UGCAUUUUUUUUAGUAUAAUAAUUAGUUAGAACAACCAUCGAGAGUAAAAUGGGAAGCCAACAAAGCCAUAACCUUCCAUAAUCCACAUGUAGAUAAGAGACAUGUAUAAAUGUAUGGUGUAGCUCGAACUAUUCACGAACAAGUUUGACUCGUCAUCCUUUAAUUUUACAUGUUUUCUUUGUUUUUCUUUUUUUGAUUUUUGAGAUUUGUAGGUUUUUGUUUUUAUAAUGAAACUUUACUUUUUAUUAUGUAUCUUUUUCUAUAUAAAAGAAUAAUUAAGUGUUCACAAUUUGUUCGAACCGAGCUGAACCUCAUCUUAUUAAAGUCUCGAGCCACUUUGAAUUUGAGCCGAGUUAUCACAAGACACAAGUCGAAUUUAACUGAUCCAAUCCUAAACUGUUUGCGAAUAGGCCGGACUCGUUUUCACCCCCUAGUCAUGACUCAUGAGCCCAUGAUCUACAUGUAGAUAAGAGACGCACGCAUGUGAAUGAUGUAAUGUAUCCUCACUCCUCAUCUUGAUCAAUGGAGGUAACCACCAUGUCUGAGGCCAUGCAACUGCAUGCUCAAGCACUAAAAUCAGGUGCACAACCCCACCAUCAAAACUACAGCAAACUCUUCACUUUCUGUGCCCUUUCUCCUUCAGGCGACCUUAAUUAUGCUCGCCUUAUCCUCAACUGUCUUUCAUCCCCCAAUUCCUACUACUGGAACACCAUGAUUCGAGCUUACUGCGAAACUUCAAACCCUAAUCACUCAAUCUCUCUCUUCCUUGCAAUGCACAUGAAUCAAAAUCCUGGCAUUACUCCCAAACCCGACAAAUUUACGUACCCUUUUGUUGUUAAGGUUUGUGGUAGAUUGAGAGAUACCCAAUUGGGAAAACAAGCACAUUGUUUGAUUUGUAAACUUGGUUUUGGGUCUGAUAGAUAUAUAUGUAAUUCUUUGAUUCAUAUGUAUGCGAAAUUCAAUGAUUUGGGUUGUGCUAGUAAGGUGUUUGAUAAAAUGCCUGAAAGAGAUGUUGUUACUUGGACGUCUAUGAUUGAUGGGUUAGUCGAUAAUGGUAGAGCUAUCGAAGCGAUUAAGCUGUUUAAAGAGAUGAUAGAGAGUGGAGUGGAGCCUAAUGAUGCAACAAUCGUGUCGAUUUUGAGGGCUUGUGCGGAGACAGGGGCGUUGGAGGUUGGGAGAAGAACUCAUAGGAUUGUUGAAGAACAAGGGCUUAGUUCAAGGACCAAUGUUGGUACUGCUCUGAUUGACAUGUACUCUAAAUGUGGUUGUAUUGAUAGUGCUAGGAAAGUUUUCGACGAGGUUUUUGAUAAGGAUGUGUGUUCUUGGACUGCCAUGAUUCAUGGCCUUGCAAGUCAUGGUAUGAGUAGGGAAGCUAUUAGUUCUUUUGAAGAAAUGAAAAAUUCUGGUGUAAUGCCUGAUGAGCGGACCAUGACUGCUGUUCUGGCAGCAUGUAGGAACGCGGGCUGGGUUACUGAAGCUUACCUUUACUUUAGGGACAUGAGGGAGAAAUAUGGAAUCAAACCUAAUCUUCAACAUCAUGGAUGUAUGGUGGACCUUCAUGCGAGAUCAGGGAAGUUGCAGGAGGCUGAAAACUUCAUUAGGAAGAUGUUGAUACAGCCUGAUGCAGUUCUGUGGAGAACGGUCAUAUGGGCGUGUAAAAUUCAUGGUGAUACUAAUCGAGCAGAACGUUUAAUAAAGGAAAUAAACAUAGAUUUUGAUGAUUGUGGAAGUUAUGUUCUUCUCAGUAAUAUAUAUGCAUCUGCUGGAAAAUGGCAUGAUAAGGCAAUUUGUAGGGAAACAAUGAAUAAACACGGGCUGGUAAAACCACCAGGUUCUAGUAAGAUUGAGAUUGAUGGUAGUGUUCAUGAAUUCACUGCAGGAGAUUCAAGUCACAUUGAAGCACCUACUAUUUUUGCAAAGUUGGAAGAGAUAUGCAAGAGUUUGAGAGGAGAAGGUUAUGAACCUGAACUUUCUGAGGUUUUGCUUGAAGUUGAUGAUGAUGAGAAGGCUUUCCAACUGCUUCAUCACAGUGAAAAGCUCGCUGUUGCCUUUGGACUGAUGAAGACUAAGCCAGGUUCCCCAAUUAGGAUCGUAAAGAAUUUGCGAUCAUGUGAAGAUUGCCAUUCUUUUAUGAAAUUGAUUUCGAAAGCAUACGAAAGAGAGAUUGUAGUAAGGGAUCGUAUUCGUUUCCAUCAUUUCAGAAAUGGGGACUGCUCCUGUGGAGAUUACUGGUGAGAACUUGCUUUGAUCUUUUUGGAGAAGUUGAGGAAGAGCAGAAAAGUAAUUUCAGAAAGUUAUUCUGAACCUAUCCAUCAUAUACUUGUAGAAAGUACUCAAGCAGGCUUGAUUAUACUAACAUUUGUACACUAAGUUCUUACAAAAUGUAAAAUGCCCCUUGCUCAAAUAUCUUCAUCGACUUGAUUCUA